AUGUCCAGCGAAGAAGCAGGAGAGUCGGGAAUUAUUGUAUUUGAUCCUCCUUUAUGGAGACAGCGAAGGGCAGUAGUGAACGAUACGCUAAGGAAGGAGCGCGUUACCUCUGUUAUUGAUUUUGGGUGCGGAGAAGGUCAAAUAUUGUCUUUGCUGACGUAUCCGUAUGACGAGUAUCCGAUCACGCGUCUUGCAGGAGUUGAUAUUGACGAGGAGGCAUUGAACUUGGCAAGAGAACGUUGUCAGCCCGAUGAACUUGACAUUAAUAUAUCGCCAUUGACUGUUGACAUUUACCAAGGAAGCAUUGAUGUGGCAGAUAAGAGAUUGAUAGGAUAUGAAGCUGUGGUCUGUAUGGAAGUAAUAGAACAUGUCGAUCCGCCAGUUUUAGACAAGUUCUUUGAUGUAGUUUUAGGGACGUAUAAGCCACGAAUAUUGAUUGUAUCGACGCCCAAUGCUGAAUUUAAUGUCUACUUUCCUCAGCUGAAAUAUGGAACGCCAGAAGCCAAAUUCAGAAUAGAAGAUCAUAGAUUUGAAUGGACGCGAAAAGAAUUUGCUGACUGGUGUAAUGCAGGAGCCUUAAAAUAUAAUUACUCGGUUAAUUUUGCAGGAGUAGGCAUUCUUCCCUACAGUGAUCCAGCUGUCGGCACUUCGACGCAAAUUGCAAUAUUUAGAGACUUGUGUUCAACAUCUAAACCAACUAACUCGACAUUUGGGACAUAUAAACACUUAGAACAGAUUGUCCAUCCAUAUUUUGAUGAUCCAGAGAAGAGUAAUGAUGAGAUACUUGAUAAAAUUCAUUAUUUUAUGAAGUAUAUCAUUAAUCAGAAUCACAUAGGCUGCGGCAAGAAUAAUAACGAGCCUGGAGUCAAUAGGAACGGGGUCAUUACAGGUAUUAGCGACACUAUCAAUGGCAUGUCAACAAUAGAUUUGGCGCGCAAAAACACGAUAGACGCCAACUCUAACUCUUCUCAUCAACCAGAAGCAGUCAAAUUAGAUGACGUCUGGAAUAUCCAGGAGAUUCGGUUAUUGUGUCGAAGGAAAAGCAAACUGCGUGAAGUUCUUCUCUCAUCGCCGUCUGAUUUUUCCUUUUUAAACGAAGAUUGUGUGCUUGUAUAUAAAGAGUAUCCUCCUGACGAGGUUGAAGAAGAAGAACAAGAAUAUCUACCAUAUACAGAGACUGCUUCAUCUCUAUGGAAUGGAGAUACAGGUGAAGUGUAUUCAGUAGACGAUGGCGGUAAUGAUAAUAUAGAUUUUGACUAUGAUUGCAAGUGGGAACACUUCAGCAUUGAAGAAACCGUUGAUAUAGGGUGGGAUUAA